AUGGCUAAAGAUAUUCGUUACAACUAUUAUAACAUUAUUGAAUACAAUCCAAACAAAUGGUCAAAGAAUUGGACAGAAUUCUCCGGAUUCUCGUAUAUUCCGGGAGUAACCGAAUGGGAGAACUGGUUGUUUGAUAAACUAAACGCCGAUUCAUUGCAUGACACUAAAGGAUUCACAGCUUCAUUCUGUCAGUCAGACUACUAUAAGGACAGUCGACUCAACUGGUGGUACCUCCUAUUCGUUUGGUCUAAAGUUAUAGAGUUAAUCGAUACCCUGUUUAUUCUGCUGAGAAAUGGCAAAUUACUAACCCUUCAUUGGGUACACCAUGUGCUAACACUAUGCUAUUCGUGGUAUGUUUUCGGUGACGUUCCCGCGACCGCCCGAUGGAUG